CAAGCAUUUAAUAAGAAAAGGUUUGUUAUCUCCUUGUAUGUAUGGUAUGUAUGAAUGUCCUUGCAGAGUGGCGUGGAGAAUGCAUCUCUCAUGGCAACUGCCCACCAGCUUCAACCCUCUGCCUCUUUCAUCAAUGACAAUGAAACCCUACCACUCAUCAUCUACCUUGUGUUGCCUCUCAAGUAAUGAUGGGGUUCACGUGCCAAGGCACAAGUACAUCGCCAUUUCGAAAUCGGAGCUCUUAGACGCCAUCGUCUCAACCUUUGAUUCACCAAAAGAGAAACAAGAGUUUCUUCUCAUGUCCUCGUGUCUGGACUCUAUUUUACAUGCUGAACAUAAAAGCAUUUUAGAGGAAAUGCGAGCAGAUUAUGAUCUUACUCAUGCUGCUGCUAAUCAGUAUCAUCAUCGUCAUCACUUUGACGAGGAGGAUGACUUUUUGGGAACAGAAGAUAUGUCCGUUGACACCCGUUUUCAGCGUGCUUUCAUUCAACUACUUUACAAUGCUCAAUUUGAAGAGCUGUCAGCUGCUGAUUUAAUGUUGACGUCAGCAUUAAAUACUGAUUAUCUCCUCACUCUGCCCGUCUACGUUGAUUGGAAGAAAGCGUCCGAGUCUAAAGCAAUCAUUUUCAGGAGGGGAUACGCCACCGAGAGACAGAAGGGUCUACUAAUUGUCGAAAAACUGGAUUACUUGCAGUCCAAGCUUCUGCAAGCACUUUUCUCCAGUAUCUCUGAGCCGUUAGGGAGGUGGUUUGCUGAGGUGUUAGAACGUGCCAUUGAGGGACAAGAAGAUGCUGCUGAGGUAUGGAUGAAACGGAUCAAGGAAUUCCCUGUUUUCAGGAAAUCUGACAUGCUUGAACAACCUCUGAGUAGUGAUGAUAUGUUCAGUGUUGAUCAACUGUCAGAUGAAGAUCUUCCCAUAUGGCUUGCUGCGCAGAGGGCUGUGGCCCGUUAUGAAGGGAUUUUGUCAUCAGCCGGACCCCGUGGCAGGCUUCUAAGGAAGUUGCUGACGUGGACAGGUCUUGUACCCUCCAUGCCACAAAAGAUAUACAACCUUGAAGAAGAUAUCACUGCAUCUGAACCCUAUUUAAGGCCUAUUUUCUUGUCAAGGAUAUCACUUGCUGACAUAUGGAAGCCCGCUUCAAGAAGAUUUUGUGAAAAUAAUCCCUGGAAAAUGUUGAAGAAUGCUUUUUCAAUAUGUUUGUCACGAUCAGUCCUUCAGGAGCCUGCAUUCCAAGAAUUGAUUUUACUUUAUACUAAAGAAAUAGAUCAAAAAGAGAGCAUGGGCCAACCUCCUGUAUUGCAGUUGAAAAUCUAUGAGAAUAUCCCUAUUCCUGAUUUGCCAGUUAUUUUUCCUCACAAGAAGCUGUCUUUUCGCAUCUUGGACACGGUACGCUUGGAUGUGGCCUCAAUCCUGGGGCUGUUGGCUUACUUCAUAAACUACAAGUUUGAGAACAUUUUAACCUCACCAUCAGCAAUAGUUUUAGAUGUGAUUGCAGCAAGUGCUCUUGUUAUAUAUGUGUCUCGUAUAGUCUUGGGAUACAAACAGACGUGGGAUCGGUAUCAACUUCUGGUCAACAGGACGCUUUAUGAAAAGACUCUAGCUAGUGGUUUUGGAUCUGUUCACUUUCUUCUGGAUGCUUCUGAACAGCAGCAAUACAAGGAAGCCCUUUUAGCGUAUGCCAUUUUACUCAAAACCGGGAGUUCCCAGCAGGCCACUUAUGUACGAGACCAGUGCGAAAGAUUUAUGUAUGACGUGUUCAGAAAGAAGGUUGAAAUGCCGAUCGAUAAGGCUGUAAAUACAUUGAUGAGGUUGGAACUUGUUAUUGAGAAAGAAGUUGGCGGAUUACUGCCAGUUCCUUGUUCGGAGGCAUAUACCAUCCUAAAACGACGUUGGAACAGUUUUGUAAGUUAAGUUUUGGAUUCCAUCGUCUAAGAAUGUUGUUUGCUACCAACACCCCAUCCCACUGCCACAUGGAAUGGAAUAAACAUGAUUCAGAGUGGGAAUCAAGUAUUCAACAUGAGUCGGCAUUUGGUAGGAACCUUAAACUUGUCUACUGUAAAUAUAGAAAACUUAAAAAUGUAAAAUUAUGCAAAUAAUAACAAUAAUAAUAGCAAUAGUGUCAUCUGUUAGAACUGCACUUGCAAUCAUGAGAUGGAUCUUGGUAAGAUGAUUCUUUCAGACUUAAUUUUUUUAUUUUUUUUUUAUUUUUUGCAACUGAGAAGUUGUAUGAUUGUUAGUGGGUCUCUGAGAAUUCAUGUACCCUUUUCGAGCUUGAAAAAUGUACCCUUCUGUAA